AUGCUUGAUGAAAUGUUCGAGAACCUCAACUUGGAUUCCAACUACACAGUCAAGAUAGAUCCAAGUCUACGUAACGCGUUUGUUGGUGAAGUGACGUGGUUGGAUGGAUUGACGACGACGGGUGCUAUCAUGCGCCAUGGGAGUGCGAGGAAACGUGGCAAGCGCCGAGCAUAUCGGACUCACUCGAAUCUUCCGAGCCGCAAGUGCAGGAGGAGGAGGAGCGGGACAGCAAACGGAGACGGAAGGGAGGAGAGAAAGGAAGGGACGAUACAGAUGAUGGAGAAAGAGACGACGAUUAAGGCGACUGGAUUGCAUGAAGGGUACGAGGACAGGAGGCAGCAUAGUUAUGUGAGACACAGCGGCAUCGAACUGUUGAGACGCGACGGUGGAGAAACUGAGCGAGGACAGGACCGACGAUGA